ACCGAGCACAAGGCGCUGUGGCCCGCCCAAGAGCUUUCCCAGUCGCGGUCCAGCUUUCUCAGGUUUGCUUUUUAAUUUCCUCGGUUUCCGGUUCCGGAGGCGCGGGUGGCGCUAUGGUCUUGGCGGCUGCAGAAUAAGCCUGACUUUGCUUUGACGGCAGCCUCGCGGCCCGAGAGCCUUUUGUAGGAUGUUCUGCCAGGGGCUGUGAAGGAUACAGAAAUGACUAUGAAUCAACCCAUGUCCUCAAGAAGCUAAUAAUCUAGUGGAGGAGUUAGAAAUGUGCACACAUGACUAUAAUAUGAGACAGUCUCUGCGCUUAUAUUCUCUGUGGAAGAUGUGACAUAUCCAGACAGUACGUCAUGAUGCAAGGCAAUACGUGUCAUAGAAUGUCGUUCCACCCAGGGCGAGGGUGUCCCCGAGGGCGGGGAGGACAUGGAGCCAGACCCUCAGCUCCAGCCUUCAGGCCCCAAAAUCUGAGACUACUUCACCCUCAGCAGCCUCCUGUGCAAUAUCAAUACGAACCUCCAAGUGCCCCUUCCACCACAUUCUCGAACUCUCCAGCCCCCAAUUUUCUGCCUCCACGACCAGACUUUGUCCCCUUCCCUCCUCCCAUGCCUCCAUCAGCCCAAGGCCCUCUUCCCCCCUGCCCUAUACGGCCCCCCUUCCCAAACCAUCAGAUGAGGCCCCCCUUCCCCGUGCCUCCUUGUUUUCCUCCUAUGCCGCCUCCGAUGCCCUGUCCUAAUAACCCCCCAGUCCCUGGAGCACCUCCUGGACAAGGCACUUUCCCCUUCAUGAUGCCCCCUCCUUCCAUGCCCCACCCUCCACCCCCUCCUGUCAUGCCACAGCAGGUCAAUUAUCAGUACCCUCCAGGAUACUCACACCAUAAUUUCCCACCUCCCAAUUUUAAUAGCUUCCAGAACAACCCCAGUUCUUUCCCACCCAGUGCUAAUAACAGCAGUAGUCCUCAUUUUAGGCACCUCCCUCCAUACCCACUCCCCAAGGCUCCCAGCGAGAGAAGAUCCCCGGAAAGGCUCAAACACUACGAGGAUCACAGGCACCGGGAUCACAGUCAUGGGCGAGGCGAGAGGCAUCGGUCCCUGGAUCGGCGGGAACGAGGCCGAAGUCCCGACAGGAGAAGACAAGACAGCCGCUACAGAUCAGAUUACGACCGAGGGAGAACGCCCUCCCGUCACCGGAGCUAUGAGCGCAGCAGAGAGCGGGAACGGGAGAGACACAGGCACCGGGGCAGCCGAAGAUCACCAUCUCUGGAAAGGUCCUACAAAAAAGAGUAUAAGAGAUCUGGAAGGAGUUACGGUUGGCCGGUUAUCCCUGAACCUGCUGGAUGCACACCAGAAUUACCUGGGGAGAUUAUUAAAAAUACAGAUUCUUGGGCCCCACCCCCGGAGACUGUGAAUCAUCGCUCCCCAAGUAGGGAGAAAAAGAGAGCUCGUUGGGAGGAAGAAAAAGACAGAUGGAGUGACAGCCAGAGCACUGGCAAAGAGAAGAAUUAUACCUCAAUAAAGGAAAAAGAGCCGGAGGAGACACUGCCUGACAAAAAUGAGGAGGAGGAAGAAGAACUUCUUAAGCCUGUGUGGAUUCGCUGCACCCACUCAGAAAACUACUACUCCAGUGACCCCAUGGAUCAGGUGGGAGAUUCUACUGUGGUUGGAACAAGUAGGCUGCGUGACUUAUAUGACAAAUUUGAGGAAGAGCUGGGGAGUAGGCAAGAAAAGGCCAAAGCUGCUAGACCUCCGUGGGAGCCUCCCAAGACGAAGCUAGAUGAAGAUUUGGAGAGUUCCAGUGAAUCCGAAUGUGAGUCUGAUGAGGACAGCACCUGUUCAAGCAGCUCAGACUCUGAAGUUUUUGAUGUCAUUGCAGAAAUCAAACGUAAAAAGGCCCACCCUGACCGGCUGCAUGAUGAACUUUGGUACAAUGACCCAGGCCAGAUGAAUGAUGGGCCACUCUGCAAAUGCAGCGCCAAAGCAAGACGCACAGGAAUCAGGCACAGCAUUUAUCCCGGAGAAGAGGCCAUCAAGCCCUGUCGUCCCAUGACCAACAAUGCUGGCAGACUUUUCCACUAUCGAAUUACAGUCUCCCCUCCUACAAACUUUUUGACUGACAGGCCAACUGUUAUAGAAUAUGAUGAUCAUGAGUAUAUCUUUGAAGGAUUUUCUAUGUUUGCACAUGCCCCCCUGACUAAUAUUCCACUGUGUAAAGUAAUCAGGUUCAACAUAGACUACACAAUUCAUUUCAUUGAGGAGAUGAUGCCUGAGAAUUUUUGUGUGAAAGGACUUGAACUGUUUUCAUUAUUCCUGUUCAGAGAUAUUUUGGAAUUGUAUGACUGGAAUCUUAAAGGCCCUUUGUUUGAAGACAGUCCUCCCUGCUGCCCAAGAUUUCAUUUCAUGCCACGUUUUGUGAGAUUUCUUCCAGAUGGAGGAAAGGAAGUGCUGUCCAUGCACCAAAUUCUCCUUUACUUAUUACGGUGUAGCAAAGCCCUGGUUCCCGAAGAGGAGAUUGCCAAUAUGCUUCAGUGGGAAGAACUUGAGUGGCAGAAAUACGCAGAAGAAUGCAAAGGCAUGAUUGUCACCAACCCUGGAACGAAACCUAGCUCUGUCCGCAUUGAUCAACUGGAUCGUGAACAGUUCAACCCCGAUGUGAUUACUUUUCCGAUUAUCGUCCACUUUGGGAUACGCCCUGCACAGUUGAGUUAUGCAGGAGACCCACAGUACCAGAAACUGUGGAAGAGUUACGUGAAACUUCGCCACCUCCUAGCAAAUAGUCCCAAAGUUAAACAAACUGACAAACAGAAGCUGGCGCAAAGGGAGGAAGCACUCCAAAAAAUACGACAGAAGAAUACAAUGAGGCGAGAAGUAACAGUGGAGCUAAGUAGUCAAGGAUUUUGGAAAACUGGCAUCCGUUCUGACGUCUGUCAGCAUGCAAUGAUGUUGCCUGUUUUGACCCAUCAUAUCCGCUACCACCAAUGUCUAAUGCAUCUAGACAAGUUGAUAGGAUAUACUUUCCAAGAUCGUUGUCUAUUACAGCUGGCCAUGACUCAUCCGAGUCAUCACUUAAAUUUUGGAAUGAAUCCUGAUCAUGCCAGAAAUUCUUUGUCUAACUGUGGAAUUCGGCAGCCCAAAUAUGGAGAUAGAAAAGUUCACCACAUGCAUAUGAGGAAAAAAGGAAUUAACACCUUAAUAAAUAUUAUGUCACGCCUUGGCCAAGAUGACCCAACUCCCUCAAGGAUUAAUCACAAUGAAAGGUUGGAGUUCCUAGGGGAUGCUGUUGUUGAAUUUCUGACCAGUGUCCAUUUGUACUAUUUGUUUCCUAGUCUGGAAGAAGGAGGAUUAGCAACUUAUCGUACUGCCAUUGUUCAGAAUCAGCACCUUGCCAUGUUAGCAAAGAAACUUGAACUGGAUCGAUUUAUGCUUUAUGCUCAUGGACCUGACCUUUGUAGAGAAUCAGACCUUCGGCAUGCAAUGGCUAAUUGUUUUGAAGCAUUAAUAGGAGCUGUUUACUUGGAGGGAAGCCUGGAAGAAGCCAAACAGUUAUUUGGACGCUUACUCUUUAAUGAUCCGGACCUGCGUGAAGUCUGGCUCAAUUAUCCUCUCCACCCACUGCAACUACAAGAGCCGAAUACUGAUCGACAACUUAUUGAGACUUCUCCAGUUCUGCAGAAACUUACUGAGUUUGAAGAAGCAAUUGGAGUAAUUUUUACUCAUGUUCGACUUCUGGCAAGAGCAUUCACUUUGAGAACUGUGGGAUUUAACCAUCUGACCCUAGGCCACAAUCAGAGGAUGGAAUUCCUAGGUGACUCCAUAAUGCAACUGGUAGCCACCGAGUACUUAUUUAUUCAUUUCCCAGAUCAUCAUGAAGGACACUUAACUUUGUUGCGAAGCUCUUUGGUGAAUAACAGAACUCAAGCCAAGGUAGCGGAGGAGCUGGGCAUGCAGGAGUAUGCCAUCACGAACGACAAGACCAAGAGACCGGUGGCUCUUAGGACCAAGACCUUGGCAGACCUUUUGGAAUCAUUUAUUGCAGCACUGUACAUUGAUAAGGAUUUGGAAUAUGUUCACACUUUCAUGAAUGUUUGCUUCUUCCCACGAUUAAAAGAGUUUAUUUUGAAUCAGGAUUGGAAUGACCCCAAGUCCCAGCUUCAGCAGUGUUGCUUGACACUCAGGACCGAAGGGAAGGAGCCUGACAUUCCUCUGUACAAGACUCUGCAGACUGUAGGACCCUCCCAUGCUAGAACCUACACUGUGGCAGUGUACUUCAAGGGAGAAAGAAUAGGCUGUGGGAAAGGACCAAGUAUUCAGCAAGCGGAAAUGGGAGCAGCAAUGGAUGCACUGGAAAAAUAUAACUUUCCCCAGAUGGCCCAUCAGAAGCGGUUCAUUGAACGGAAGUACAGACAAGAGUUAAAAGAAAUGAGGUGGGAAAGAGAGCAUCAAGAGAAGGAGCCAGAUGAGACUGAAGACAUAAAGAAAUAAAGGAGGGCACGGAAGUGGUGGCGUAUUUACUUGCUUAAUAACUGUGACUGUUGCCCAUCGAGAUCUAGCCUAGUUUUCCUACAGACAAUGAAUGAAGUGUGCCUGUUGAAAUAAAACGCAAAGUCACAUCGCUAUUGUUGUUUUACCGAUCUAAUAUGCUGUUUUUAGCUGGAUGGUCUUUAUUACAAAGUGUUUGCUUUCUCUUCUAUUUAAUGGAAAACUUCACUUUGGUGGAUGUGCAUACUCCCUUUUAUUUUGUUCUUUAAACAAUAAAAUUAAAAAAGCAUCUUCUACGUGGAAUAGAUCCUAUUUUUCUGUCUGAGAUGGUGUGACACAAGACUUCAGCUGACAAGUGAAAAAUUCACCUCACCAGAUAUUUGGGCGACACUCUAUUAACAUCUGUACUUUUGGAAAUCUCUGGAUUAUUAACUAGAUUUUUCAGCUUUCAUCUGGAUGUUUAUCGUCUUCUCAACUGCAAACACUGAACUUACCCCUCGCUAAGCAGUGAAUCCUUUGAAGAAGGGAUCCCUUUAAUGUUUAACUGGCUAGUGGGAGUGGGGAAAGACAUAUUUGAGUCACAUAUAUUCUUUGAAUCGUUAGAAUAGGGGGAGAAAUCAUGAUUCUAAGCCAGAUGACACUUUAAAUCAGAUACUCUAACCCUGGGGUCAGUGGACGCUUUAAGAAGUUUAUAGACAGACUUGGAAGUCUCAGAACCUCCUGAAAUUGUAUUUGAUUUUAUGUGUGUGGGGAUGGUGGGGGGAAGGUUGGGAGCGGGUGGGGAGCAGGAUGAGGAGUCUCCAUAGCUUUCACCAGCUUCAAGUGGUCCCUGCAGUAAAGGGCUAACAUUACAUUAAAAGAUGACAUUUUUAAAAAAUGUUAUUUUAAACUGAAUAUCACUUGUUUCUUAUUAAUAAAGGCAAAACCUCUUUUUUAAA